UUGGAGUUUGGCCGCUGUUCAAAUAUUUCCCUUGCGACCUCCGACCUCCAAAUCCCUUGCGACCUCCGAAUCCCUAACCCUAACUUAGCUCAAAUUUUUCUGAGAUGGCGACAAGGGUGCUCUCUCAGAAGGAGCAAGACAUCCAGAUGAUGUUGGCUGCCCAUGUGCACCUCGGAACCAAGAACUGCCACUUCCAGAUGGAAAGAUAUGUUUUUAAGCGUCGGACUGACGGGAUAUACAUUAUUAAUCUUGGAAAAACUUGGGAGAAGUUACAGCUUGCAGCUAGAGUAAUUGUUGCCAUCGAAAAUCCUCAAGACAUAAUUGUCCAGUCUGCUAGGCCGUAUGGUCAAAGGGCUGUCUUGAAGUUUGCCCAAUACACUGGAGCUCACCCUAUUGCUGGGAGGCAUACCCCUGGAACUUUCACUAACCAGCUUCAAACAUCCUUUAGUGAACCUCGUCUGCUUAUUCUUGCUGAUCCAAGGACUGAUCACCAGCCAAUAAAGGAAUCUGCUCUGGGAAAUAUUCCAACGAUUGCCUUUUGUGAUACUGAUUCACAAUUGCGAUUUGUUGAUAUUGGAAUUCCUGGUAACAACAAGGGGAAACACAGUAUAGGUUGUCUCUUCUGGUUGUUGGCAAGGAUGGUCCUCCAGAUGCGUGGUACUAUAGCUCCAGGACACAAGUGGGAUGUUAUGGUUGAUCUCUUCUUUCACAGAGAUCCUGAGGAAGCUAAGGAGCAACAAGAAGAAAGAGAGGCCUCUGUUGCCCCUGAUUAUGGUGCUGUAGUUGAAUAUGGUGGUAUCAUGCCUUCUGAACAAUGGCCUAGUGAUUUUGCAAAUGAUGCUCCUGAUGUGGAAGCAAUGCCUAGCUUGGUUGCACCAGCUGCUGGGGUUGAGUGGACUUCUUUUCAAGCUGAUUGGGAUGCUGCUGCGGCUCCAGUUGCAGAAAGUGAUUUGCCUCCUGCUGGUGUUCCUACCCUUGGUUGGGAUCCCGCUUCAGCUCCUAAUGCCACUGGCUCGGAUUAGUUGAAAAGACCUUUGUGGGUUAAUCAGAAUUUUGUGGAACAUGCUUAGUAAACGUUGAUGUUUUAGGAAGGCCUCGAGAAGAAGACCUUAACUUUGUACGAAGGGUACGUACUAUGAUU